AAAAAAGCUUUCAUUUAAUAUGGUGAAAAACAUUUUUCUUUCAAUAUAUUUAGAUUUUACUGACACAACUCUUCCAACGACUGCAGCUGAAAGAUGUACCUUUCAAAUGUUUUACUGCUGCUAGUGACGGGGAAAUGAAAGAGUUUUGGGGGGCAUUGGACAGGUUUGGUGAACCACUGGACUUCAAUGAGAUGCAUCAGAAGGAACUGAAGCAAGCAGUGAAAGACAGAUCAAAAUGGACAAGAUUUGGCCAGAGCUUUCAGCAUUUUUGGAACACUGCUGCACAAACAGGAGCUAUUUCUUCACAAUCAAGAAGUGUGGUGUAGCUGAUUGUGAAAUAUGUCCUCCACCUGUUCUUCCCCCUGACCAGUUUGCUGAGCUUCAUCCGUUCCCAGAUCCUGUGCCAGGAGAUGAGGGCCAUUACAAGGACUUCUCGGAGUUGUAUGGCAUAGAGGAGACCAGUGAGGAGUUCUGUCCUUCUCAUCGACAAAAGAAGACUUCUAGUGUUCACCAUGGUCAUGAUAUACCAUUUUCCCCAUCAGCCCAAACAGCAAAGACAUGCCAGCAGACAGUGGCAUGCAUUGAGUGCAAUAGACCUAGAGUUGUCUACGCUGCUUCAAAACUUUCAAAUAGCGAACAGUCACUUUUAACCAGGCUAUUGUCAAUGUACCACUACUCUUGUGGAAGCAUCUUACAGGAACUGCAACCAGAAGAUGCUUCAAAAGCACCGAGAAUCAAUGCAUUGUUAACGAAAGUAUAUGUCAGAAGUAACAUCACAUGUGAUACUCCUAUUGAAGUCCCCUAUUUCAGCUCGAAGUGCUUUCCCCCUGUGUGCUUCCAUUGUGGCUCUGACACAGACCUUGUAAUAAAGGAGAGCCAAUAUCCAAUGUGUAAAAUCUGUGACACCAGAGACAAACAAGCUCUUAAAAGAAAGAGAAAUGUGUGGGAGGAACGAAAGGGGAGCAAAAAGACCAAAUCUUAAAACAUAGGGAGUUCCUGAUCACUUGCUUGUGUACAUCUGGUGAACAUUGAACAUAAAAUUGUAUUUCAAUUGUUUUUCAAUUUAAAUUGUAAGUUUAAUACCAGAAAAUAAAGACAAUAGUUUAAAAUUAAGAUUUCUUUAUUCAUUUUAUGCAUUUAA